CCCUCCGGCCCCAUGUCGCGCAGCGCUUCCCGUCGGACGCCGCGCCACCUCCUCGCGCGGCCUCACCAGCCCAGCGCGGCGGCGCCCCGCCUCCGGCGCCCGGCCCCCGCCCCCUCCUGCUUUCGCGUCUCCGAGCCCGUCGCGCCCGCUAUCAUCACGUGAUUGCCUCAUCCGGGUCCUUUGCGUUCUCUCUCCCUCUCCCAACAUGGCGGCCUCAGCAAAGAAGAAGAAUAAGAAGGGGAAAACCAUCUCCCUGACAGACUUUCUGGCUGAGGAUGGUGGGUCUGGUGGAGGAAGCACCUAUGUCUCCAAACCCGUCAGCUGGGCCGAUGAGACAGAUGAUCUGGAAGGAGACGUGUCCACAGCGUGGCACAGCAAUGACGACGAUGUGUACAGGGCACCGCCAAUUGACCGCUCCAUCCUUCCCACUGCCCCACGGGCUGCACGGGAACCCAACAUCGACCGCAGCCGCCUCCCCAAGUCGCCACCCUACACUGCUUUCCUGGGGAACCUGCCCUAUGACGUGACCGAGGACUCCAUUAAGGAGUUCUUCAGAGGACUGAAUAUCAGCGCUGUGCGCUUACCACGCGAACCCAGCAACCCAGACAAGCUGAAAGGCUUCGGCUAUGCGGAGUUUGAGGACCUGGAUUCUCUCCUCAGUGCUCUAAGUCUCAAUGAAGAGUCUCUAGGUAACAGGAGAAUUCGAGUGGACGUUGCUGACCAAGCACAGGAUAAAGACAGGGAUGAUCGUUCUUUUGGUCGAGAUAGAAAUCGAGAUUCUGACAAAACAGACACAGACUGGAGGGCCCGCCCUGCCGCAGACAGCUUUGAUGACUACCCUCCUAGAAGAGGUGACGACAGCUUUGGAGACAAGUAUCGAGAUCGUUACGAUUCAGACCGGUACCGGGAUGGCUAUCGGGACGGGUAUCGGGAUGGCCCACGCCGAGACAUGGAUCGCUAUGGGGGCCGGGAUCGCUAUGAUGACCGAGGCAGCAGAGACUAUGACCGAGGCUAUGACUCCAGGAUAGGCAGCGGCAGAAGAGCGUUUGGAAGCGGGUACCGUAGAGAUGAUGACUACAGAGGAGGUGGGGACCGCUAUGAAGACCGUUACGAGAGGCGGGAUGAUCGGUCUUGGAGCUCCAGGGAUGAUUACUCCCGGGACGAUUACAGGCGUGAUGACAGAGGUCCCCCCCAAAGACCCAAACUGAACCUAAAGCCUCGGAGUACUCCUAAGGAAGAUGAUUCCUCUGCUAGCACCUCCCAGUCCAGUCGAGCGGCUUCUAUCUUUGGAGGGGCCAAGCCUGUGGACACGGCAGCCAGAGAAAGAGAAGUGGAGGAGCGGCUGCAGAAGGAGCAGGAGAAGCUGCAGCGGCAGCUGGAGGAGCCCAAGCUGGACCGCAGGCCCCGGGAGAGACACCCAAGUUGGCGAAGCGAAGAAACUCAGGAAAGAGAACGGUCGAGGACAGGAAGUGAGUCAUCGCAAACCGGGACCUCAGCCACAUCCGGGAGAAAUACACGAAGGAGAGAGAGUGAGAAGUCUCUAGAAAAUGAAACCCUCAAUAAAGAAGAAGACUGUCACUCUCCAGCCUCUAAACCUCCUAAACCCGAUCAGCCCCUAAAGGUAAUGCCAGCCCCUCCACCAAAGGAGAAUGCGUGGGUGAAGCGAAGCUCUAACCCUCCUGCCCGAUCUCAGAGCUCAGACACAGAGCAGCCGUCCCCUACAAGUUGUGGAGGGAAGGUAGCCCCAGCUCAGUCCUCUGAGGAAGGACCAUCAAGGAAAGAUGAAAAUAAAAUCGAUGGAAUGAGUGUCCCAAAAGGCCAAAGUGGGAGCUCCAGCCGUGGCCCUGGGGACGGGCACAAAGAGCGCUGGGAGGAGUUGGAUAGGAAAGACGGCAAAAAAGAUCAAGACUCCAGAUCUGCUCCUGAGCCAAAGAAAUCUGAGGAGACUCCAGCCUCCAAGUUCAGUUCUGCAAGCAAGUACGCCGCUCUCUCUGUGGACGGUGAGGAUGAGGAUGAGGGGGACGGCCACACUGAGUAGAUGCCCACACCCUGUGCAUUCUCCUGGUCUCCACCCCGGAACAUUCGAGAACACAUCAAACCUCUAUCCAGACAAGACAAAUAAACUCACCAUCUCCUGAA